AUUAUUUAUUUAAUAAAUCAAAGUCAAAUUUCCGGUUUGAUAAUAACGUUGGUGAAAUUUUGGCUAUGUUUUUUCAUUAAUAAAAAUAUAAAUGCUAAUUCAUAAAAUAAAAAAAAAGAAAAAAAGAAAAAGAGUAAAUCCUAAGAAGAGUUAAAGCCAGAUACAUGUACACAAUAUUUCCUCAACGAAAGCCGUUUCUCUAGAAACAGCUCUUCGAAACCUCCAAAUUACGAACCUGUCCUUUUGUUCUCUUCCCCCUCCUUCCUUCUCCUUUUCCUUUUCCUUUUCCGCAAUCUGCGAUCACUUCCGGAGGCGAAACACAAAGGGAGAAAUGCCGGUUCUUCUCAGCCGCGUCUAAUCGAGAGUUACAGAUUUAAUCGAAACAAGUUGAUUCUGCGUAAAGAUAUGAUAAUGGAGGUGGAUUUUGUUACUAGUAGCAUGUUAGAAGAAGAGACUGUUGAAGCUGACGAGAACAAUGAUAUUUCUAAUUUUGAGGGUGAAAGAUGUGGGAUAUGCAUGGACAUUAUCAUUGACAGGGGGGUUCUUGAUUGCUGCCAACACUGGUUCUGUUUUGGUUGCAUCGACAACUGGGCUACAAUCACAAACCUUUGUCCACUUUGCCAGAAUGAGUUUCAAUUGAUCACCUGUGUUCCUGUGUAUGACAUUACUGGAAAUAAUAAGGUUGAUGAUGAUUCAUUUUCCAGGGAUGAUGAGUGGUCUGUUGAAGGGAAGAACAAUACUCUUUCUUUCCCAUCAUACUAUAUUGAUGAGAAUGCAGUUAUCUGCUUGGAUGGAGAUGGGUGCAAAAUUCGAAGUGGGUCCGCAAUUAUUGAUGAGGACUCUAACUUGGAUACCUCAAUUGCGUGUGAUUCUUGUGACAUUUGGUACCAUGCCUUUUGUGUGGGCUUUGAUCCUGAAGGUACAUCUGAGGAUACAUGGUUGUGCCCAAGAUGUGUGGUUGGUGAAGUGCCGCAUGAAUCUGAAGUAAUUAUGAUACAGAGGCCAAACAACCUGUAUGGUUCAGAAAGUUCUCAUACUAGCUUUUCAGCUGGGGCUACAUUUUCUGGGAAAUUGUCUAUAUCUGUUGCUGAUGCUGGAGAGACAGCUGUUGUUGUCUCAAUGGUUGAAGGCAAUAAAAGCACUGAAGAGGCAACUGAGAACCUUCACCCAGCCCUUGAAGUUGACAAGGACUUGAAAAUUGAUGCAGUUGAUAGCCAUAGUUUUAGGUCAGAAACAACUUCCAGUGAAAAGAAUGAUUGUAAACCAAUAUUGGAGGGGCAGAGACUUGAACUCUCCUUAUCACAUGAUUCAUUCUUCAGCCUUCCUUCCACUUCCUCAGUUUUUAGUGAGUUCAAAACAAGUUGUGCUGAUGGAGCAGUGAAUCAAACAAACAGCUCUGAUGGUGUUAAAGAUUCUUUGAGAAAGUUGCUUAAUGGCUCCAAUGGUGGAAACGAACUGUCUGAAAGAGAAACCAGUAUAGGUCUUCAUCUUGGUUUAUCUGUCGGCUCUUUUUUUUCUGUUGAGCAUCUGGAGAAUAAUGGAACUGAAGAUCAAGGGACUGCAGAUGUACAGCAGCAAAGUCUUUCAGAAGAAUCUUUGUUAAAAGAUGAGAAGAUUCUACCUGAUGCUACUGAGGAGGCUGUGAUUGGCUUAAAAAGAAAGCAUACAGAUUGCAGUGAUGAUGUUCUUAAGACUGCUGUUGAUAAGGAAGAUGUUGCUAAUAAUGAAGUGGCGGCUUUUGAAAAGAAAAUUAGAACCAAGGGCAAGUUUCAAAUGACUCAUAAGGACCAACCCAGUGAUAUUCUUCUGGAUGAUUCCAGCAGUUGUCCCACCUGGAAUGCAAUUUGCAAAGACGUCAAAUUGCAAAAAUCUCCAGAGGAUGAAGAUGUCCCUUCUGAUAUAAUGAGUGUAGUUAAAGGGAUUAGUCGUAGACCUUUCAAGGGACUUUCAUGCCAGAGCUCUGCUGAUAAAUCUUCAAAAGAAAGAGAAAAUGCAGCUGGCUUGAGAGUCAAAAAGAUCAUGAGGAGAGUGACAGAAGACAAGGAGUCAUCUAAUGUUGUUCAAAAACUUAGAACAGAAAUAAGAGAAGCGGUGCGUAACAAGUCUUCAGCUGAUAUUGGGGAAAACCUUUUUGAUCCAAAACUUCUUGCUGCUUUCCGCACUGCUGUAGCAGGACCUACAACUGAAGCUGUUGAGAAAUUACCACUCUCUGCUCUGAAGGCAAAGAAGUCUAUGCUGCAGAAAGGUAAAAUUCGUGAGAAUCUGACAAAGAAAAUAUAUGGAAAUUCUAAUGGAAGGCGAAGACGUGCAUGGGAUCGGGACUGUGAGGUUGAAUUCUGGAAGCAUCGCUGCAUGAGGACUACAAAGCCCGAAAAAGUUGCAACUUUGAAGUCAGUUCUUGACCUCCUGAGAAAGAAUACUCAAGGCUUGGAAAGGGGGCAGGCAUCUGAGGAGUGUCAGACGGCAAAUCCCAUUCUUUCCAGAUUGUAUUUAGCAGAUACGUCAGUUUUUCCAAGAAAGGAUGAUAUUAAACCUCUCUCAGCUCUUGCUACAAGUAAUAUUGGACAAAGUAAAGGACAGUUCAUUUCAAUGGAGAAAAGUCAGAGUCCAUGUGUUGAUGAUUGUGCACAAAAAUUAUCACAAGCAAAUAAAGUUUCUUUCAAGCCUGCUGUUCCUUCAGUUUGUGAUAAAGGGUCAAAGGAUAAAUUUCCAAGCUCCAAGGAUAUAGCUGCUUCUUGUAAAGCACAACCAGACAAAGCUUCUCAUAGAAACUUCCAGGGUUCACUAGGUGGUGCUAAAGUCAAUUCAAAGAAGGAAACAGGUGUUCAAUCUGAUGAUAAAAAGAUUGACAAAAGAAAAUGGGCUUUGGAGGUACUUGCAAGAAAAAAAGCUGCUACUUGUACAAAUGUGACACAUGAAAGACAGGAAGACAGUGCAAUACUUAAAGGAAAUUACCCCUUACUAGCUCAAUUGCCAAAAGACAUGAGACCAGUAUUGGCCCCUAGCCGCCAUAAUAAAAUCCCCUUAUCAGUUAGGCAGACACAGCUUUAUCGUUUGACAGAACACUUCUUGAGGAAAGUAAAUUUGCCAGAGAUUUAUAGAACAGCAGAAACGGAGUUGGCUGUUGCUGAUGCAAUUAAUAUUGAGAAGAAGGUUGCUGAUAAGUCAAACAGCAAAGUAGUGUAUUUAAACCUUUGUUCCCAAGAAAUAAUGCAUCAUUCAGAUAACAGCGAGUCCAUUAGAGCCAAGGAAUCAGAUUCUUCAACAUGGUCAUUGCUGCUUGUUGAUCAAUCAGAACAAGCUAGUGACAAGCUUUCCACUGAUCCUGCAGUCAGAGAUGCAUUGAGAAACGCAGGGCUGUUAUCUGAUUCUCCUCCAAGUAGCCCAUGUCAUAAUGAGGAGGCUUUUGAUGAAGUUGAUGAUUCCUCAUUGCAGAACAAGGAAGAAGGGCCUGAUAACAUUUUUGAAAUAGAUUCUCAUCCAGAGGUGGAUAUAUAUGGUGAUUUUGAGUAUGAUUUAGAAGAUGAAGACUACAUUGGUGCUGCUGCUAUGACAGUCCCAAAGCUACAAACAGAAGAAAGUGAGUCAAGAAUGAAAGUAGUCUUCUCCACUCUUCAAUCUGAAAGGUUGAAUGAUGUUCAGGAUUUUGAAGAUCAUAAGACACUGGGAGAUGUUGAAGAAUCCAAGCAUUCUCUCCCCUUAUCAAAGGGUCAUGUUGAUGGAGGCACCAUUAACUCAACAAUUGAGGGUGGGACUGAUAACCCUUGUGCUCCUCCAGAGCUGUUGCCUGGUGAAGAACCCUCUCUCACAGAGUGUGAAGAGUUAUAUGGCCCAGACAAGGAACCACUGAUGCACAAAUUUCCAGAAGAAUCACUGAGAAAACUAUAUGGGCAGGUUCCUGUUGAAGCUCCAGCUGAGAAAGAUGAUUCAAGCCAAGUUAGGCAUGCAAUUGAUGCCUCUUUUGGUCAGAACUCCUGUGAUGGACAAAUCUCCUCCAACCAUUCCCAGACAAGUGAAAACAUCCCAAGAAAGGAUAAAUCUAAAAUUGAAACUGACAAGCAGUUUGAUGUCAUCAAUUCUGUUUCAAAGAAGGUUGAAACCUACAUCAAAGAGCACAUUAGGCCACUGUGUAAAAGUGGCAUAAUCACUGUUGAACAGUAUAGGUGGGCUGUUGCAAAAACUACUGACAAAGUUAUGAAGUACCACUUGAAUGCCAAGAACGCGAAUUUCCUAAUCAAGGAAGGCGAUAAAGUAAAGAAACUUGCCGAGCAGUAUAUUGAGACUGCACAGCAAAAGGAAAAGAGUGAUCUGCUAUGACUAGGGCAUUUCAAUCUCAAAUUCUUUUGGGCUGUAAAUUUCUUUUCCUAUUUUUCAUAUAUGCAGCAACCACUUGUUUUCAUUCUCCAAACCAGUUAUCUUGUAGAUAAUUACAGCACACAACUUGACGGAUCAUUGACAUUGUGUAGCUCGGAAAUAUGAAGCCAAAACUUGGUACCUAGGUUAUGCUUCCAUGUAUAUCAUGCCGUGGGUCAUUAGAAUCGAUGUCCUUGUAAUGUAUCAGGGUAAGCUGCUUCUUUGGUGAAGCCAACAGAAGGGAAGAAGUGUAAAUUUCUUUAGUUGAAUCUAAUAGAAUUUUCGGGA